CACUUCCCAUAAUUCCAUUCGCGCUGGAGCCUGUUCCGGUUUGCUGUCAUUGCUGUGCGCUGCACUCGUGCCCUCGUGAUAUAAACAUUUGUACACGGCGUUUAUUAAUGCAAGUAACGUUAGCGUUUAACGUUUUGCUCUAAUCCGUACUUUACACUAAGGCUUCAGUAAUGUUUACUUGUGUAAUUACACAGGCGUUACGUCACGGUGUGCGUGUGGGUUCAGUGCAGGGAAGAAUCAUCACAAGGGCUUUGAUCUCUCAGGCUCUCCGAACUUUUUCAGAUGUUCCUGCAACUCCUAAAGACUUGCAUAAACCUAUAAAGCAAUGGGAAUUAUUAGUUAAUCCUUUCACAAAGGUUAAGUGUCAUUUAGGCUGUAAUAUAGCCAUAAAAUCACUGGAUCCACAUGCUUUCCCUGAGGCUGAUCGGGCAUUUAUCAGUUUGCACGUGACAGAUGCGAACCAAACUGCUAAUGUUGAUGGAUUUCAUGUUCAUUAUGAUGAUCAAAGCAAUGAACUUCAGAUUCUGGCAGAUGAGGUGGAUUGCAAUGUCACUGUUGAAUUGACAGCACCUGUUAAAUGUGAUCUCCACAUCAAGACUAAAGACAAAGGUAAUGUGAAGAUCCAGAAAAUGGAGAGUGACCUCUGCCACGUUCACACAGAGAGAGGACACUGUGUCCUAGAGUCUGUCAAGGGUCAUGAGGUUCAAGUUCGGUCCACUGGAGGAAAUGUUACUGGACUUCAUACCAUACAUGGGAAUGUGGAUAUCAGCACAUCUUUGGAUAGUAAUGUCGAUAUUAAGAAAAUUCAGGGAACCACCAUGAAUCUCUCCACAGAACAUGGGGAUCUAAAAGUGAAGGCCAUUUAUGCUGAAUGCACAUCAGUGUCCACUUCCUCCGGGAAUAUCCAGAUUGGCCACGUGCACGGUGAAGCUCUUGUACAGAGUAAAACAGGAAACAUUGUCAUUGACAGCUCAAGUGGUGCCCUGAAGGUGUUUACUGCUGCUGGAAACAUUGAUGCAUAUGUGGGCCAAGAUGGAAGCGGAGAACUUCACAGUCAGCAUGGCGCUGUGAGUGUGCGUGUGCCAUCCACCAUGCAAGCAGCAGUGCACUUGUGCGGAUCCUCUGUUAGCAUUAGCUCAGAGAUAGUUAGCUCAUGGCAAGAGACUGAAUGUACCUUAGCUGAUGGGAAGACAACAGUUACAGCUCAAUUGAAUGGUGGCAUGCAUGAAGAACGAUGGAUCAAUGCCACUGCAGAAAUAGGUGCUGUCAACCUGAGAACCCAGAGCUGGUUUGAGACCCUCAGACUUGGAGCUCAGAGUUAAAAUCUGCACAGAAGUGCCUGGGACCAACUACAAAACUGACAGAACCUCGCUGCUGGAUUUAUACAGAUUUAAACUGGA